AUGUCUUCUCAGGAGUUUCGUCGUGGGAAUAACCUCAGGGGUGCACGGGGCAUUCGCCGCGCUAGAGGUGGCUGGCGGGGUUCAUCAUACACAGCUGCGUCUACCCCGCAACUACAACCUCGAGCAAACGAACCUUUCGGGCCUCGCAUCGAUUCCUUCACGACUAAGCAAUUGCUGAUCGAGGAAGAAAGCCCGGAGAUUGAGCAUGUCAAAUAUGUGGCAUCAUACAACUGGCUGAAUGACAGCUCUGCAAUCAUCCUGGUCCCCGGUUCGCCCCCAGCAUGGACUCCGUUGGCUGAAGACGUUAAGCUGCGACCCGACAGCGAACCUGUGUAUCGAGACGUUAAUGCUGCUCGCUAUGCCGCCCACCCCAUGGAACCUGCCGUUCGCUCGGUCCUAGCCAUGCAACCACUAUCCGAACUCCCCUUGGUGGAUGUGUUUGGCUGCGGAAGCACAUUUGGAAACCUGCUGAGAUGUGCCCGCUCUCAACCAAAACCUUUCCGAUUCGAUGUCGAUGUCAUUGGGGAUACCGUCUUCAUGGUUCGCAGGGAGGAAACACCAACUGAAAUGAUCACAGAUCUUCAAGGAUAUGGCCAUACUUUUCCAGAAGCAUACACCUCGUGGGACGCAAAUGUACGCAACUCCACCUCUCAUCAGCGUAUCGUGAGCUACGCCUUUGGUGGCAUGCAGUUCUUCAUCCGUUCAGAGACGGAUGCAUACCUUAGAGAUUCAAGUACGGGAUCUCUUUCGUUGAAGAAAUCCCAGAAAGAGGCUUCCGUCGAUGGUGUCCUUGAUACUCUAGGUAUCGAUGCUCGCCAGCCAGUGGGCGGAUCAGCUCUCACAAUUCAAGAGCAAGGUACACCCAUCCCACAGGACGCCAUCUUUGAUAUCAAGACUCGAGCGAGCUACAGGGAAUACAAUAUGGAGGAGAUUCUCCCUCGCCUUUGGAUGAACCAAACUCCCAACUUCCUUCUGGCCUAUCAUGAAUUUGGGAAGUUCACCAACCCGAAAGUCAAGUCAGUACGUGACAGUGUCCUGAAAUGGCAAACGGAUAACGCCAACGAUCUUGCUCGUUUCCAUGCUCUCGUUAGGCGAAUUGUGGAUGUUGUUAGAGAUUCGGAUGGCCAGCAGUUUGAGAUCAGCUGCGAUGGGCAAGGAGACCUAUGCAUCACAAAACAAAUUGCAGAAGGAAGGGAGGCUUUGCCCACCGAUCUCUCGGGACUUUGGCAAAGCAUAUGA